GACCCGGAAGCUGACGCCAGACGCGAGCUGUUCCAUCGGCGGAGCAAAGAUGGCUGACCAAGGCGCCGCAGAUCCUGGUAAUAACAACAAUAAUAAACCUGAAGCGCCGGAGGGAACUAUUAUUAAGGUCACAGUAAAAACCCCUAAAGACAAAGAAGAAAUCGCCAUCGCAGAAGAUGCCUCUGUUACUCAGUUUAAAGAAGAGAUCUCGAGGCGGUUCAAAGCAAAACAGGACCAGUUGGUUCUGAUUUUUGCAGGGAAGAUCUUGAAGGACGGCGAUACCCUCAGCCAACAUGGCAUCAAGGAUGGUCUGACAGUUCACCUAGUCAUAAAAACAGCACACAAGACAGGAGAUGGCGGUAGCACCUCUGCCUCUAGCUCAGCCAACACUCAAGCAGGCAGCACCUCCACCUCUAGUCCGGGCACCAAUCCUUCCUCCACAGCUGGCUCUACUGGCACUGCUGCCCCACCCACCCAGACACCCAACAUACUGACUGGCUUUGGUGACCUGGCAAGUCUGGCUGGUCUGGGCAUGGGCUCAGCUAAUUUCAUGGAACUGCAGCAGCAGAUGCAGAGGCAGCUCAUGUCCAACCCAGAGAUGCUUUCUCAGAUCAUGGAGAACCCGCUGGUGCAGAACAUGAUGUCCAACCCAGACCUUAUGAGACAGAUGAUCAUGGCCAACCCUCAGAUGCAGCAACUGAUGGAACGCAACCCUGAAAUCUCCCACAUGCUCAACAACCCUGAGCUCAUGAGACAGACCAUGGAGCUGGCCAGGAACCCAGCCAUGAUGCAGGAAAUGAUGCGGAACCAGGACCGAGCUUUGAGCAACUUGGAGAGCAUCCCAGGAGGUUACAAUGCCUUGCGGAGGAUGUACACAGACAUCCAGGAACCCAUGUUCAGUGCUGCCAGGGAACAGUUUGGUAGCAACCCAUUUUCAGCUCUAGGUGGUACCUCUGAAUCGGGUGCCCAGCCAUCACGGACAGAGAACCGUGAACCUCUGCCCAAUCCAUGGGGCCCACCAAAUUCUUCUAACCCCCCUGAGAGUGGAGGGGGCACCACAGGAAGCACUAGCACACCUGGAGGUACCAAUCCCACUGUGUCUAACCCUCUUGGCAUCAAUGCUGGCAGUCUCGGCAAUGGGAUGUUCAACAGCCCAGGCAUGCAGAGUCUACUGCAGCAGAUCUCAGAAAACCCUCAGCUUAUGCAGAACAUGCUGUCCGCUCCCUACAUGCGCACUAUGAUGCAGUCACUGGCUCAAAACCCAGAGUUGGCCUCCCAGGUCUUGAUGAAUAACCCCUUGUUCGCUGGAAACCCUCAGCUGCAGGAACAGUUCAGAUCUCAGUUGCCCAUCUUUCUGCAGCAGAUGCAGAACCCUGAAGCCCUGUCAGUGAUGACCAAUCCUCGCGCCAUGCAAGCUCUAAUGCAGAUUCAACAGGGUCUACAGACGCUUCAGACAGAAGCUCCAGGCCUCAUGCCCAGUUUGAUGUCGGGUGGAGUUCCUGGCAUACCCACGGGUGGAGUUCCUGGCAUACCCACGGGUGGAGUUGCUGGUAUACCCACAGGAGGGGGCAUGCCCACAGAGAACCCCGCUUCCUCACCCAGCAGUGCAGGAACAAACACUGCCCAGCAACAGCUGAUGCAACAGAUGCUCCAGAUGUUUGCUGGAGGAGGUGGAGGUGGAAGUGCAACGACCCAGACCCCUGAGGUGCGGUUCCAGUCCCAGCUGGACCAACUGAGCGCCAUGGGCUUCAUCAACCGUGAGGCCAACCUGCAGGCCCUCAUCGCCACUGGAGGAGACAUCAACGCCGCUAUCGAGAGACUGCUGGGCUCACAGCCCUCGUAAAGACAUACAGUACAUACUGACACACAGACAUGUGCAUACAUACCUGACUCAUAAACACACACCCAGCAUUUACAGACAACCAAGACAAUAACAAAAGUGUAUUUCCAAAACUUUGCAGAAGAAACUUGGGCAGGAUCUGUAAGACCCUUAUUCUACAUCUGUUCUCAGAUCAUUCCCUAGUCCCCAUACUUUCUCUUUUUGGCAUCAUCCGCACAGAUCUCUGUCUCAGAGUGCUGCUGUAAGACUGGACUGAACCACUCUCACCUUGAGGGGGGUGUUCCGGUGCAGUGAAAAGGAGUGAAAACCUCUCCUGAAAAGGGAUUCCCAACCAUUUCUUCAUUUUUCCUUCAUUUUUUUGUUCACAUGCAACUGGAGUUGAGUGUUGCAAACAAACACGUAAUACAGAUUAAUCCACGUGAUGUGAUUGGCUGCUGGCUGUGCUUCAUACAUGGCCAGUGUGAGGCAGUUUGUAAAAUCAGUACAUGAUUGUUUUCUGGUAAACAGACAGUAAUGAUAUUUGAUAGCUUGUCCAUGCAGAUGUUCAACCGCAUUCCUCUCUCUUUCCCCUGUUCUCGAUAUUUUUCACAAAUUAACUUUCACUAUUUAUUGCAAACGCUUAAGAAAGUGAUGCCCCCCUACACUCGCCUGAACCUGUAAUUUGUCAUUCCAGAUGAAAGUGCCCACUCACAGGUGCACAGUGUUUUUUCCUUCUGAGGCACCACUGCUGUGCCUUCUGUACUUUCCUGCCCAAUCAGAUUGUCGACAAAUGACAGCCCAUUCAGUUGGUAAAUUGAAAUCACCCCAGAAAUUCCACACACCACCAUCCAGAACUGUAAACAUAUUCAAUGAUCUCAUUGUAUCAGCUACGAAGCAGGGGAUGCUGUCUAAAUGAAUAUGAAUGAAACAAACAAGCUUUCUUUUCAUUUUAAUCUGAUUCUUCUUUUUAUUCUGUUUUUCUUUUUUUGAGGUGCAGUUAGUACCUAGAGAUAAUUAUGAUUUGUCUCGCAUAAAAUAAAUGUGAAAAUCAAGCGAGUGAAAAAUAAAUACAUAAUGGAAAGGCUUUACGAACAUUUAUGGUAUGUUGGCACCAUACGUUUCUAAAAUCUAGGUUGUCUUUUUUCUUCCUUUUGAAAAUCUCAGCAUUGUAGUUGUGGUAACUUUGGCAACUGCUUCUAUAGCUGCUUUGUCUGUUGACCUCAGCUGAAAAAAAAAAAAAUCCAUCUCCCAAUUGAACAUGUUGAAACUAACUUUUAACAGUACUGUACUAAAAAAAAAUAAAACAUGGUCAAAAACA